UGCAUGCUGUGUGGCUGUAAUGACACAGUGGAGUGCCCAUUUGUUUGGAGACAUUUCUAAUAACCAGAUUGUACUCAACCUUCUUGCUGCUAAGGUCGUUGGCAUGGCGAACAAGAUGGUAGUCACGCAACCUGUCGGCUUCAACUCGACAACUAUGACAACACAGUCCAGACAGUGGAGCACAGGACUCUUCCAGUGCCUCGAUGACAUGCCAUCAUGCUGCUUCAACUUCUGGUGCCUGUGGUGUUUCAUGUGCAAGACGUCUAAGGACUUUGGCGAGCCCCUCUGUCUCCCCCUUGUGGACAUCUGUAUGGGCGGCGUGGUGAAGCCCGUCACACUCUCCAUGAGGGCGGUGAUGCGCAGACGCUACGGCAUUGAGAUGGCCAGAGAGAUGCAACUCAGAACUCCACCUGCAACACUACACCACCAUCAGAACAUCUAG